AUGAUUAUCAAGAACAUUUUCGGGCGAUACGAGAGGUGGAACCCCGUGCACCCCACUCGUGGAGCCUUUUGGGGAAUCGGGCUGGGCCUCGGUUGCGGCAUUGGGUGGGGGCCCGGCUUCGGCCCGGAGGUCAUCGGCUAUGUCGGGGCUGGCUGUGGUGUAGGUUUCAAUGUCGGCAUCACAUUGCUGGGCAUUGGAGUCGGCCUUCCAGCCAAUUACCUUUUCACGGUCCCUCACAACGUUUUUAUGGUUACAAGGAGAGGUGUAUUGGGCAUUGCUCAAGCUGGGCUUGGCAGCAGAAGUAUUGAAGGAGAUGGAUGGGACAAAAAUAUUUGGCAAGUCUCUGAUUUACCACAUAAUCUACGUGCAUCGUUUUCAGGCUUCAAAAUCGAUGGUCUGAGAGAAAACAUGAGAGAUUUGUCUGACGUGCGAACUAUGUUGAUCUCCAAUGUCGAGCAGAUUACAGGUUGUUUACAAAGAGCCGGCAGGCGCUUGUUCGAUACGGAUAAAGAUACGAAAAGUUGA